GCCUCUGCAACCUAAACACCCGGUGUAAAAGGAAGGUGGCAGCCGCGGAGCGGUGCGCAUGCGCGGGCAGCUCUGCCUGGUGAAGGGCUGGUUGAGCGCCGGAGCGGGGUGGCUUGCUGGGCCGGAGCGGAGCAGGGGCAGGAUGGACGAGGACGUGCUGACCACCCUGAAGAUCCUCAUCAUCGGCGAGAGCGGCGUGGGCAAGUCCAGCCUGCUCUUGAGGUUCACAGAUGAUACUUUUGAUCCAGAGCUUGCAGCAACAAUAGGUGUUGACUUUAAGGUGAAAACAAUUUCAGUGGAUGGAAAUAAGGCAAAACUUGCAAUAUGGGAUACUGCUGGUCAAGAGAGGUUCAGAACAUUAACUCCCAGCUAUUACAGAGGUGCACAGGGUGUUAUAUUAGUUUAUGAUGUCACAAGAAGAGACACCUUUGUUAAACUGGAUAAUUGGUUAAAUGAAUUGGAAACAUAUUGCACAAGAAAUGACAUAGUAAACAUGCUAGUUGGGAAUAAAAUUGAUAAGGAAAAUCGUGAAGUCGAUAGAAAUGAAGGCCUGAAAUUUGCACGCAAGCAUUCCAUGUUAUUUAUAGAGGCAAGUGCAAAAACAUGUGAUGGUGUACAGUGUGCCUUUGAGGAACUUGUUGAAAAGAUCAUUCAGACGCCUGGACUGUGGGAAAGUGAGAACCAGAAUAAAGGAGUCAAACUGUCACACAGGGAAGAAGGCCACGGAGGAGGAGCCUGUGGUGGUUAUUGUUCUGUGUUAUAAACUCUGGGAAACUCCAUCUCUUGCAUAUUUGAUCAGAUAGUGACAUCUUUCUGUAUAUAAACUCUUUAACUGCUAUUUUAGGGACCUUGCAGUUUGCACAUAUUUGUUUUGUAUCAUGGCAGUAAAUACUUGCAAGAAAUCCCACUCACUGGCUUCCCCAGGUAAAACGUUAUGGUGAGCAUGCAUGGUUUGCAGUCUACAGUUUUUUAUGUAACAUAAAAUAGGUGUACCUUUAUAGGUCCAUUUGAUUUUAUGAUUUACAUUUAUCAUGUGAUUUUAAAAAAAUCCACUUAUCUAGUAUAUGUUGAUACAAAGUCUACUUUCGGUCUCCUUUUUGCUUAAAUACUCCUAUCAAUUACUGAAUUAAUGGGUACGUAGAACUCCUGGAACCACUGGGAGAUAUACAGGUAUCAUCAAACCUGGCAAAUUUCCUCUCAGGAAUAACAAAGAGCAUGAUUCCACAGCUUUUCUAGGAUGUUUGCUGACAGAUUCUCUUUUAGUAACUAAGCGAAAUUCUCUUUACAGGAUGUAGUCCAGGCCAACUUUAAUUAAAUUUCUGUUCUGAUGCUUCUAUAAUAGCAUUGAUAUGUUAAAGAAGUUUGGUCUUUCUUUUUCAAUUUACUUCAAUGAGUAGCUCAGUUGCUUAACUGGAGUUUCAAAUCUGUGAUAUAUACAUUGAAUUCAUGACCCUGUGUGCAGCGUUUUGAGUUAUGUGGUGUUUGGCAGAAUGGCAAUAAGGUUUUCCCCCAUUUUGGUUUCGGAAAGAUAUGAAUAGUGUGUUUAUGUAACUCAUGUAGUACUUACCACUUUUAAAACCAACACCUUUAUCCGUAAAUGUUGGUGGUGUUUGUUCAGGUACUUCAAUUGUAGCUUGUGUAAUGUUUAUGAAUAUCUGUAUCUUAUGACUUCCAUAAAUGGCUAGUUGAUAUUCAGAAACCUAUUUCUGUGUUUUGAGGGUUGGGAAAAAAAGAACACUAAAUGACAAUUUGAGAAAGGGAUAUUGCUUCCAGAUUUUGAUGUGUGCGGGAAAAUCUGUUGUGAUGAAAAUCUGCAUAAUUUACUGUAAUAAGUAGCUAAUUGUUUAUCAGAACCAACUUGUACAGACUAAUAAAUCUUUUCCACAGUA